GCUCCUCCUACUUCCAGCUCCAGGCUCGAGCCUCCUUGGUCUUAACCUCAGAGACCGCGGAGCCCCGACGCCGGAUCCCCGUCCCCGCUCGCCAUGAGUCCCGCGCGGCGGAGCGCCCCCGUGGUGCUGCGCCUACUGGGCGGGCUGGCGCCGCCGCUGCUGCUACUCCUGCGUCCUCCGGCUGCGUCGGGUGACUGCAGCCUUCCCCCAGAUGUACCUAAUGCCCAACCAGCUUUGGGAUCUCUUACAAGUUUUCCCAAACAAAGCACAGUAACAUACAAAUGCAACGAAGGCUUUGUGAAAGUUCCUGGCAAGGCAGACACAGUGGUCUGUCUGAAUAAUAAAUGGUCAGAGGUUGCAGAAUUUUGUAAUCGUAGCUGUGAUGUUCCAACCAGGCUACUUUUUGCAUCUCUCAAAAAGUCUUAUACCAAACAGAAUUAUUUCCCAGAAGGUUCCACUGUAGAAUAUGAUUGCCGUUUGGGCUUCAUAAGAAACCAUUCUCUCUCAGGAAAACUAACUUGCCUUCAGAAUUUUACGUGGUCCAAACCUGAUGAAUUUUGUAAAAAAAAAUCAUGUGCUAACCCUAGAGAAAUAAAAAAUGGUCAUGUCAGUAUAACACGUGACCUAUUAUUUGGAUCGUCCAUCCAUUUUUCAUGUAAUACAGGGUACAAAUUAGUUGGUGCAACUUCUAGUUACUGUUCUCUUGCGGGAAAUACUGUUGACUGGAGUGAUCCAUUUCCAGAAUGCCAAGAAAUUUUAUGUCCAGAACCACCAGAAGUUGACCAUGGAAUGAUUGAAAAUGAACAAAGCAGUUAUGCAUAUAGACAAUCUGUAACAUAUAAAUGUAUGAAAGGCUUCGCCCUGCAUGGAGAGAGCUCUAUCUAUUGUACUGUGAAAGAUGACCAAGGAGAGUGGAGUGGCCCCCCACCUGAAUGCAAAGAAACUUUUCAAAUUUACAAACUCACACCAGCAGUUCAGAAACCCACCAGAGUACAUGUUCCAGCUACCAAAGCCCCAUCAUCUCCUCAGAAAUCCACCACUGUAAAUGUUUCAGGUACAGAAGCCCCACCAACUUUUCAGAAACCCAGCACUGUAAAAGUUUCAGUUACAGAAGCCCCACCAACUUUUCAGAAACCCACCACUGUAAAAGUUUCAGCUACAGAAGCCCCACCAACUCCUCAGAAACCCACCACUGUAAAAGUUUCAGCUACAGAAGCCCCACCAACUCCUCAGAAACCCACCACUGUAAAAGUUUCAGCUACAGAAGCCCCACCAACUCCUCAGAAACCCACCACUGUAAAAGUUUCAGCUACAGAAGCCCCACCAACUCCUCAGAAACCCACCACUGUAAAAGUUUCAGCUACAGAAGCCCCACCACCUCCUCAGAAACCCACCACUGUAAAUGUUCCAGCUACAGAAGUCUCAUCAGCUCCUCAGAAACCUUCCACAGCAAAUGAUUCAGCCACAGUAGCCCCAAAUUCCCCCAUAUCAAACACUGUCUCUACAGCAGCUCAGAAUCCCAUCAUGGCAAAUGCUUCUGCAUCACAGGCCACACCAACAACCCAAAGAUUCACCAAGGCAAAAUCUUCACUUACACAGAAUCUUAGAGCAACACAAAAGUCCACUGCUGUACAUACCCCAGUGACCAAGAGUCUCCAUGCAACACAAAGAUUGACCUCUGCUCAUGUUACAGCAACAAGGAGUCCAGCUGUUCCCAGGACAACCGCACAUUUUCAUGCAACAAGCACACCUAAAGGAGGAGGAAGCUCUCCUUCAGUUGCUAGCAUCAUUGCAUCGGGUAAGUGUGGCUCUCUGGCAGUUAACAGAACUUGUCCUCGCUUUCGGAUGUGUAAUCUAUGUUCCUGGAAAAUUACAUUGUCUUUUAAAUGUCUUAGGAAUACUACUAAAAUACAGUGUUUAUGGGUGCCAAAGAGAAAACAGGUAAAUGCAUUUUAUCGAUGUGUUUUGUACUACCAUCAGGUACUUGGUAUGUUCCUAAGUAUUCCCCACCAUGUUCUUGUUCCAAGGUAAUUUUAGGACAACUUCAAAUCAUUUGGCCAAUUGAUCAAGUAUUAUUGUGUGCCUGUUGUCUCAAUACAUCUCAUUCUAGUGGCUAAAGAACCACAAGAGGAGAGAGUUAUCAAUACAGUUUCUAUCCUCAAGUAUUUUAUAAUUAAUCAUGAACUACUCCUUGACCAUUUCUAGAUGUCUGUCUUAUCCCAAGUAAAACAAAGAGUCUUACCUUUGGUUAUAUCCUCUUUAUUUUCCCUUCCCUGUCAAUGGUUUAAAAUUAUCUUUAAAAAGUAUUCUGUUGCUAUAGGCAUGAGGCCAAAAACAUACCUGUGUUGCAGUUUUUUCUAGCAUUUGGUCUAGUCCUUUUCUUGUUCGUAAAUAAAUUAUUUGAUGUUAUCCAUUAACAAGAAGAUUAAUAAACUCCUAAAGAAGAUGGUAAAAUAAAUGUUUGUUAAGAAGCAAUAUAGCUAAAUAGGCAUAUAUUGAUAAGUAAUGUCUAAUGGAAAAUAUUAAAAAGUGAAUUUUUUGGUUUAUGUGUUAAUAAGCUGAAGUCUCCUAUCUUAUGCAUGCAUGAAUUAGCCAAGGGACUAUAAAACUGAAAGCAGGUACUUGUUUUAUUAUUUUCAUUGUUAUUUAUUAUAGUUUUUAUAUUUUAAAU